AUGCAGCCAAUUGCAAAGUUGCUGGCAUCGCAUGUGAGGCUAAAUGGUUGUUCAGAAGACAAUGGUCUCACGAACCACGUAAAAGGGAUUCAGCGAGACUUACACAAAGAAGCGCUAAAAAAGACAAAAGCGUUUUCCUUCAGGUCGGACGCUGUUGACAUGGCAUCACCCACUCAGUUGAAUUUUGAUCCAGUCUAUUCAGAUUCUACAACAUUUUUAUCGAGAUUAAAAUCAUAUAAUUCUUUUCCAUCCACUUCGUGUCAAAAUAAAUAUACAUUAUCUGAAUCUGGUUUCAGAUAUACAGGAGUAGGAGAUAUAGUUGAAUGUUUUUUCUGUGGACUUGUUUUACAAAAAUGGACAAAUGAUGACAUACCGUGGGUUGAACAUGCAAAAUGGAAUCCUAAAUGUAUAUUUGUUUUACUAUGUAAGGGAAAUGAAUUUAUAGAAAAUGUAAAAAACGAAUAUGUAAAAGCAGGUCAUGUUUGCGAUUGUAAUGAGUCUAAAUCAUAUGACACCACUUGUUAGUUUACUUACAUUAAUUAUAUUUAAAAAUUUUGUGCACGCAUUACGAAAUAAAUAUUGAAUUUAUAGACUUAAAUGUGUUUGUAUUUGAUUUUAUACCCUGUGAACUUGUUGUCUAGUGAAAUAACGCGUCAUGUUUUAAUUGAAUAUUCUGGGUUUUAAAAAAUGUAAUUUACAGGUUCAAUGGAUCAGGUAAGUAUAUUAACCCCCCUCUACACGUUAUUUGAUUUGAUUUCACGUUCACAUUAGUUUUUUAUACUAAUUUUAAUAUAAUCAGAUUAAUAUAUAACAGAACUUGAGCAAGUUAUAACCUCAGUUUUCAAAUAUGUGUUGUAACGAUCAUAUAAACGUUAAUGACAUCCGUGAUUCAUGUUUUGUUAAGUU